GCGAAACAGGUUAUUUCUCUACUCUAUCCAUCACUGGACGGCUUGCCUGUUGCUUUCGAAAUGUGUCUUUUUGCUAUUUUAUUUCUCUGCAGCAGAAAUGCUGUCACGCAAAAUAGAGCAACGAAUUGUUUAUUGUAAAGCUUUAUGAACGCUUUGCAAUAAAUAAAAUAGCCUACCUGAAAACCCGACCGAGUUGUUUCUCGGAGUGAUCGGUGGAAACCUCCGUGAGGACUGAAUGAUCCAUGGACGAGACACAAACAUUUAGAGAUGGAGACUUUCAUCCAGAAAUCAGGCCAUCUACCAAGAUAAAUCAGAACCCAGUUGUGUGUCCAUGAGGAGUGAGCGGUCAAUGGGAUGCCCUCCAAAAUUUAAUGGUGAAAUCUUUCCUCCUGGUUACAGGUCAGUCAACCGAGAAAUAUCAGAACCCAGUUGUGUGUCCAUGAAGAGUGAACGGUCAAUGGGAUGCCCUCCAAAAUUCAAUGACAAAGGAUGUCUUCCUGAUCACAGAGUCUGGCAGGAGAAGUCGGACAGAGAAACUGGACAGAACAGCUGGAAAAGAAACCAGAGAAUCAGCAUCAGAGACCAAGACAAUGCAUCUCAAGUUGACAAUGCAGUUAAAAGAAAACUAAAAAUGAAGUUUCAGUGUUUAUAUGAGGGAACUGCAAAGCAAGGAAACCCAACACUCCUGAAUGAGAUCUACACAGAGCUCUACAUCACAGAAGGUCAAAGUGAAGGCUGUAAUGAGCAUGAGGUGAGACAGAUUGAAACACAAUCCAGGAGAGCAGCAACAGAGGACACGCCGAUCAAAUGUAAUGACAUCUUUAGACCUUUACCUGGACAAGACAAAGCCAUCAGAACUGUGCUGACAAAGGGAGUCGCUGGCAUUGGAAAAACUGUCUCUGUGCAGAAGUUCAUCCUGGACUGGGCUGAAGGAAAAGAGAAUCAGGAGAUCCACCUCAUAUUUCCACUUCCUUUUAGAGAGCUCAAUUUGAUACAAGACCAAAAACUCAGCCUUUUAGACCUUCUUUGCAUUUUUUUCACAGAAACAAAAGGAAUGGGAAUAUUCAGCAGUGAAUAUAAAGUGUUGUUCAUCUUUGAUGGUCUGGAUGAGUGUCGUCUGUCUCUGGACUUUCACAGCGAUGUGAGGUUGUGCGAUGUGACUGAAUCAGCCUCAGUGGAUGUGCUGCUGAUGAACCUCAUUGUGGGGAAUCUGCUUCCCUCUGCUCUCAUCUGGAUCACCUCCAGACCAGCAGCAGCUGAUCUCGUCCCCUCUGAGUGUGUCCAUCGAGUGACAGAGGUACGAGGCUUCAAUGAGCCACAGAAGGAGGAAUACUUCAGGAAGAGAAUCAGUGAUCAGAGUCUGGCCAAUACAAUCAUCUCACACCUGAAGUCAUCAAGGAGCCUCUACAUCAUGUGCCACAUCCCAGUGUUCUGCUGGAUCUCAGCCACUGUUCUAGAGAAGAUGUUGAGUCAAGCAGAGAGUGGAGAGAUUCCCAAGACUCUCACUCAAAUGUACACACACUUCCUGAUCAUUCAGACCAACAUCAAACAUGAGAAGGACUAUGAGAAGACAGUGAAAGAUGAAGACAUGAUUCUCAAACUGGGGAAAGUGGCUUUUCAGCAGCUUGUGAAGGGAAAUCUGAUCUUCUAUGAGGAAGACCUGAGAGAGUGUGGCAUUGAUGUGACAGAAGCAGCAGUGUACUCGGGAUUGUGCACUCAGAUCUUCAGAGAGGAGUUUGGCUUGUAUAAGGGGAAAGUCUUCUGCUUUGUUCAUCUGAGCAUUCAGGAACACCUUGCAGCUCUGUAUGGGCACCUGUCCUUCAUAAAUGACAACAUAAAUGUGUUUGAUCUGAUUAACAAAGAAAGGUUGUUGUCAAAAUGUUUGAACUUUAUGAAAUAUAAUUCAUCAAAACAGAUUUUGAUAUCAAAUUUUCAUCAGAAAGCUGUGGACAAGACAUUACAUAGUAAGAAUGGACAUUUGGACCUUUUUCUCCGUUUCCUUCUGGGCUUCUCACUGGAGUGCAAUCAGACUCUUUUACAAGGCCUUCUAACACAGACGGGAAACAACUCGCAUAAUAAAGAGAAAACAGUUGAGUACAUCAAAAAGAAGAUCGAGAAGAAUCCUUCUCCAGAGAAAUUCCUUAAUCUGUUCCACUGUCUGAGUGAACUAGGCGACUGUUCUCUAAUGGAGCAAAUUCAACAUUAUGUGACAGCUGGAACAGUAAAUAAAGUGAAACUGUCCUCCUCACAGUGGUCAGUUUUAAUAUUUGUGCUUUUGACAUCGGAGCAAGAGAUGAAUGUGUUUAAGCUCAAAGAUUUUGUUGGAUCACAAAUUAAAGCUGAUGAAGUUCUUCUAAAGCUGCUGCCUGUGGUUAAAGCAUACAGAUCAGCUCAGUUGAACAGUUGUGGUGUUACUGAUGAAUGUUGUGUUGCUCUGGCUUCAGUUCUGAGAUCAAAUCCCUCACAACUGAGAGAACUGAAUGUAUCUGGGAAUAAACUGGGAAAUUCAGGAGUGAAGAUGUUCUCAUCUGGACUAGAGAAUCCUCACUGUAAACUGGAGAAACUGUGGUUGAGGUAUUGUGAAAUCACAGACGAAGGUUGUGCUGCUCUGGCUUCAGCUCUGAGAUCAAACCCCUCACACCUGAGAGAACUAGAUCUGUCAUGGAAUAAACUAGGAGACUCAGGACUGAAGCAGCUCUGUGAAGGACUAAAGGAUCCUCAGUGUAAACUGGAGAAACUGUGGUUGAGGUAUUGUGAAAUCACAGACGAAGGUUGUGCUGCUCUGGCUUCAGCUCUGAGAUCAAACCCCUCACACCUGAGAGAACUAGAUCUGUCAUGGAAUAAACUAGGAGACUCAGGACUGAAGCAGCUCUGUGAAGGACUAAAGGAUCCUCAGUGUAAACUGGAGAAACUGUGUUUGAGCAGUUGUGAUGUCACAGAUGAAGGUUGUGUCGCUCUGGCAUCAGUUAUGAAAUCAAACCCCUCACACCUGAGAGAACUGAACCUCUCAUGGAAUAAACUAAGAGACCCGGGAGUAAAGUUGCUCUCUGGUGGAUUGGAGAAUCCUCACUGUAAACUGGAGACAUUGUGGUUCAGUGAUUGCAGUGUCACAUAUCAUGGCUGUGCUGCUCUGGCUUCAGCUCUGAGAUCAAACCCCUCACACCUCAGAGAACUGGAUCUGACUAAAAAUAAACUGACAGACUCCGGAGUGAAGCUGCUGUCUGAUAUAAGGAAUAAUGUUGAUUAUAAACUGGAGACACUGCGGUGA